AUGAAGCGCUUCUUCUCUCGCUUCUCGUCGGCUGGCCCGACCUCACCCACCAAACACGCUCAAGAUGCACCAUUCGACCGAUCGGAGGAGCGAUCCUUGAGCUCAGCCGCAACUGCACCUCUCUCCUCUUCUGGGUACAGCGCUACAGGCCGUACCAAGGCGUUGGUCGCCCAGUUUGAAGAAGCUUGCCUCGCUCAACCGGUCGCGUCACCGUUCUCUGAUACGACGCCAGCGACACCGCAGCACACCAUCUCCACAUCACCAACCGAAGCGCCGGUCGCACAUGUUGCUCCCUUCUCGUCAAGCACUAGGAAUGUCUCCAACGAUACUUUGUCGCCGUACGUGAAAGCGUCCGUACCAGAACGCGUACCCGGCUCAAGCUUGCCCGAUGAGUCCGAUCAGCGACUCAAGCAUGCUGCUCUGGGCGCGAGGAGCAAACGGAACGGGAAGCGCAUCACCAGCGGUCAAGAAGAGGAGCAGCGACAGGCAAGCGCUGGGAGCCACGCCGCCUCAUCUUCGUCUCACGCCAGCAAGACGGUCGCUUUUGCACCUUCCCCGCAGAAGCAACGCUCCACUUCUCCUGCUCAUGUUGCUCACCUACAGCGUCUCUCAGUGUCUCAACCACUUUCCCGUACCAGCUCAUCCGACGGCGAUCCUCAUAUACCUAGUAGCUUUUCACGACCCACCGCCGCCAGCCAAGCGAGAUCGAGGACCUGGACAAGGUCGGCAGCGAGCGACGCAACACAUCCUUGCGCUUCAACAGCUCUGCACGGUCAACGAGAGAAGCCACCUGGGCGAGCUGCGCGUCCUCCGAGACCAACCCAUGCAGCAACAACUCGUGCUCUGUCCCGUCGCAGCUACUCGUACUCAAGCGCCACGGCUGAUAUCGAUCCUCUCGCGAUUGGGCCCUCUUCACGUGCGGCUGCAAAGCAUCCUCCAUCAUUCGCAAGACGUGGAUCCAUGGAAGCUCCAUCGCAUCGAAGUAUGUCUCCGAGCGUGGGCACUGAUGAUGCGAUGGCUGCGUCAGGUCCGCUCCAAUUUCCCAGCCGAACAUCCCUGUCCAUGCGGCUCGGCUACCCUGGCUCAGCCAGCAGUCGACCCACAAGCCGCAGAAACAGCGUCGACCCCAUGGCGUCACCGGGCUCCACUCCGGCGGUCGUCUUCCCGCCAUCUGCCGGUGCUGCCACUGGAUCCUUCGGUUUUCCUACUUGGAGCGAAAUGACGCACCAAGAACUCGUCAGAAAUCUUGGUCCACGCGAAAGGACGCGCCAGGAGGUCCUUUGGGAGAUCGUCGCGAGCGAAGAGCGCUACGUCACUGAACUCGAAAAGGCGAAAGAGAUCUACAUCGACGCACUGCUUCAUCCACACACGUUUGAUCCAGAGCGUGUCCUUCCGCCGGUCUCGGCGUCUGCCAUCUCUUCUCCGGUCGAGCAACCUCGGUCGCGAGACUGGCCUCCCAAUGCCAAAUCGGUGGAAAUGCGGCCCAGCAGCUCCAACGGUGAAGCAACCGCCUUCGAACCGGGAUCGCUAUCGAGCACCCGCGGUGAUCUUCCCAUCGCUGCUCGGUACAUGUCGACCGCAUCGAUAGGCAAGGCUGAUCCGAGCGAAUCGGCGAUUGAAUAUCGUCAGACUCAGCAAGGUGUGGGCAGUCCGUACUCAUCGCAGCGUGCCAGCUUAUCAAUCCCGGACGGCGUCGCACUCCGCUCUGGUACGUUCCGCUCUCAAGCCGAUCCGUCAUUUGGCCUUGGGCUCGGUCUCGGCACGAUGGCAACGAGAGAUCGAAGCGUUGCUGCCUAUAUGAAUGCGCCCACGGCGUCUCAGCCGACGGGCAAGCUCUCCAAAGCACAAAAACUCCGUGGCCUUGCACGAAAAGACAACGGCCACGCGGAUCCUCUCCGAUUGUCGGUGCCGUUGCCACCUUCGCUCAGAGAGAUUCUCGCUUCAAUGUCUGACGGCCUCGUUGAGGCACACGGAUUGCUUUCCGACGCUUUGAAAGCCAGGUAUGAAGAACAGUGGCCUCUGGUCCGAAGCCUUGCCGACGUCUUCAUGAAGUACUCCCACAUCCUCCAACACUAUGCCAGCUAUGUCUGUCAUCUGCAGCGAGCCAUGGAAGAGCUCGAGGAGGCUGGCCUCAUGGAACGCGCCUUCCGGGGCAAGCGCCUCAAGAAGGAGCGUCUCAGCAACACGGUUGGCCUCGGACGUACAGUAGCUGCACUCGAGGCAUGCGCGGCCGAGCAAGGCUAUGCAGGCCUCUCGAUCUUUGUUUCCAUGCCGUUCCAGCGACUGCUUAAGUAUCCAUUGCUAUUCCAGAAUCUGCUGUUCCAUACGGACCCGUCGACGCUCGAGUUCGAAAGCACGGUCGCUAUGGUGGUCGAAGUCGAGCGACUCGUGCGCUCCAUCGAAGACGAAAAGGUCAAUGCGGAGGAACGGGACAAGGCGCUCGACUGUUUUGCCCGCAUCGAUGGCAUCACCGAUCGCCAGGUGUUGCGACCGCGAACGGACAGGGUGCUCAUCGAAGAGCAGGCGCUCUACGACGUAAACGCACGUAGGACGCUAUCCGAGUCAGCCCCAAAAGAGGGUGACGCUAAUACCCAUGCGUCUGACAGCGAAGGUAUGGACAGCGGGACCGAAAGCGCGAACCAAAGUGGAGGUUGGAGGAGCAGCUCGAAUCAAUCGGGACUGAGGGCCGCUUUGCGAAACAAACGCUCGUACCGACGGCUUUCCGACUUCUUGUCGUCAGACGACGUGGCACACACCUCAUCCAAGGCGCCGACCAUGGGCAGCAAAAAGGAUGUGUGGCUCGUCCGCUUCUCGGACGUCGAGAUCAAAUGUCAGCGUAUUGGCGUGACCACCUUGCCCAUGGUCAGCAAGGCUGCUCUCCGCACCGCCGAUUUCGCUGAUGAGCAGGAGGCGAGCGACUUCACCGCACGAAGCAAAGAAAGUCGGGGGCGUCUCAAAGCUCUGCGCAACACGACCUUGAGGGCAAAGACUCGGAAUCUCUACAAGUUCCUUUCCGUGGUCGCGUGGCGCACUGCCACCGCUCGCGAGACCGGUGUGGGAACAUCCGCCUUUGUCGACGGUCUGCCAACCUCCCACGAAGUCGAUGAGGAGGAUGGGGCGGAUGUCGACGAUGGAGCUAGUGUGAGCACCGCAGAGAGUAGCAGCGCCAGCUGUACCAGCUCAUCUGACAGCCAUGAUGGCGUUGGAGGUCAGGCAGGCUCGGAGAAGUACAUCAGGUCCACCAAGCUGUCGUUCACCUAUUGGGGCGACCGUAUCGAGCCAGGCCGCGCGAUCACUGGUGGACAUGCAAACGCGAACGCUCACGAGCAGCCCAAAACAUCGAUUGGACAGCGGUCUACGACUCAGCAAGUCGACCACGUUUCUGUGCCCCCGGCCACUACCCACACCGGUACGGACAGCGCCUCUGCUCCCAUCGCCGCGUCCUCGAUCGGGUCUACGCGAAGCAGCCGGCAGUCUCGUCGCAGCACGCUCGACGGUGCUCCGUCCACACUAUCGAAGACUCAGGGUCGGCGCGGGAUGUCAGGACGGCUAAGCGAACCCUUGACAGCCUCGUCCAUGUCAUCCGCGUCCGAGCCCAUGCAGAACGCCGUCGCAAGGAUGCACGCGAGGCAGCGCAACGAAAAGUUUGGUGCGCGAUUGCGUUCCUCGAUGGGCAACGGUGCAGACGGCUCCCACGUGUCGGUCAACGGAGCUGGCCCUGACUCCGGCGGCACAGGUAGUGCGGCGUUCCGGAAGGGCAGCAUCGCUGCUGCGGCUGUUCCCCGAGCGAUCUGA